UAUUGAUUUUGUGUUUGAUUAUAAAACCAAAUUUUUUAUGCAAGAUAAAAACAUAUUCAAAAAUUAUUUUGUAAUUAAUUUAUUAUGAUCCUGAUCCGUAAUUCAAAGAAAGUAAUUUUUUAUAUUUAUUUAUUUUAGAUAAUUAAUUACUGUGUAUAUACAAUUUUAAGAUAAGUUAAUUUUUAUACAUGUAUUAUAUAGUUUACUGAUGUUAAACUGUUCUACCAACAUACUAUUCUUUAGCAUAAAAUAUUUUAUAUUUAUGAAAAUAAAAUAUAUUAACUUAUCAAUUUAAAAUAAUUUUAUCAUAUUUAGUUCAAUAUUAUGGUUUUCUUUUAAAAUGUUAGAUGUUAUUAUAAUAGAUAAAAUAGGACAUGAUUUUAUUUUUUUCGUUUUAUAAAGAUAACAGUAUAUAUAUAUUAAUUUAUAAUAACAUUUCAUUACUAACUACAAAAUUAAUGAAAAUAUUUAUGUAGAAUUUUGACAGGUAAGAUCUUGUUAUAAUCUUUAAAGAUUUGUUAGAAUUUUUAAAUAUAGAUAUUUUUAUUUUAAUUUAAAAGAUAUCAAAAGAUAUUAUGAUUUAAGUAAUUAUAAAUUUUAUAUUAUAUUAGUAUUAAGGAAAUACAUUUAAUAAAAUUUCUAAAUGAUGAUCUAAAUAAAAAUAUCACACAUGAAAAAAGUCAUCAUUUCUAUUUUAAUAGAUAAGUUAUUUUUUUUAAUUUGAUCACACAAGAUAUGUAUAAUAUUGGUAUAACUGGUUAACCGGCAGUAUAGUCACACCAAAACCAAAAGAUAAAAGAUAAUUUGAAUCAAACUUGUGGUCGAGAUUUUCACAUAAAAUGUUUAGACUAAACCGGUGCUAUAAUUUUAUAAUAAAAUGUUUAGAACAAACCGAAGUUUAUUCAGUGGUUAAGUACAUUCAAGAAGUUGCACGUUACAAUUCUAUAUAUUUGAAGAUAAUUUAUGCUGGUUAUCCAAACCAGAAUUUUAGGUAUAUUGUUGUCAUAUAGUUUCGAUUAGUUAGACAUAAUAAUGAUAAGGUUAGAGAUUAAAUAUGAUAUGACUUUCUAGGAAUAAGUUCAUUAGGUUUAUUUUUAAAAAAAUCACACAUGAAUUAAGGUUGUGACUUCUAUUUUAAUAUAUAAGAUUAUUUUCUGAUACAUAAACUUAAUAUUAUAGGCUGUUUUAGCCAAAAGAAAAUUUAAAUAAUUCUCCAAAAAUAUAUAUUUUAUAUUGAACUAAAUAUAUUUUAACCAGUUAUAAAAAUUAAGAUUCCCUCUAUUUCAUAAUGAUAUACAGUGAAACCUCUAUAAAUUAAUAAUGUUUGGACAACACCAAAACUAUAAUUUUUUUAUUAAUUUAUAUAGAUAUUAUUUUAUCGAUAUACUAAUUGAACCAAAAAUUCAAUUUGGGAUUAUAAAAUUAUAUUAUUUUAUAGAGAUUUUUAGUGUAUAUUAAUUUAUAGAGUAUUAAUUUAAAGAAGUUAUAUUGUAUGUUGUUUUAGAUAAAGUACAAAAACUAAGAAAAUUAUCAUUUUCCAAAAGGAUUAUUUAAUAUUUGGUCUAAAUAUAAUUCAAUUGGGAAUAAAAAUGUUAGCAAAUUAUAUUGGGUACACAAUAUUAAAUCAAGAUAAAAUCUAUUUAAAAAUAUGGAAACAACUUAUAUUUUAAAACAAAGUAAUAGAAUAUAUUGUAUUUCAAGUCUGAUGCACAUAGCAGACAGCAAUGUUCUAAAUCGCUAGCUGGUAGCGCUUCAUAGAGAAUUAUUGUCUAGACGGAUGCAUAGAUCGAUUUUUUGGACGCUUGAACCGAUUUUUAAUAAAUCGGUUAGGAAAAUUGUUUAGAACAUUGGCAGACAGGAAACAAAGGCUAGUAGUAUAAUUAAUAGACCAACUGAAUUGGACAAAGUAAUAUAAGAUGUUUAGGUAAAAACACGCAUAUUAAAAAAAAUCGUUGUUUUGUCUAGAAAGUAUUAUUAUUUAAAUUAUAAAUUAGUGUUAUUCAAUCAACUAAAAAUAGAUUAUCAAAUAUUGAUUAGUUGCAUAGUUUUUAAUAAAGUAAAAGGUCACCAAAAAAAAUAAAAACAUAUUAUAUUAAAACAUCAAAAUUCUUUAAAAAAUCAUACAUUUAGAAACGGAGGGAGGAACUACUAUCAAAGUUUAUCGAAGGUGUAUAUAAUGUGGCAAUAACUACUAUCAAAGUUUAUUGAAGGUGUAUAUAAUGUGGCAAGCUCUAAAAUAAUGCAAAAGUGGUUCCUCUCAUGCAUCUCGAUUUUUAUAGCUAGGUUGUUGCGACAAGAUCUUUGCAUGUAGAAAAUAUAAACAAAAAGUUUUUAUAUGUUGUGUUACUACUUUGAUAGAAUACUAAUUAACUACUUAAACAUUUGAUAUGUAGAUCAAAACUAUUAGUCAAUCAUAUUUCUUGUGACUAUCUGUAUAAGUACUACUCUUGACAAAAAAAAAAUUGAAAAGAUUCAACAAAUUAGAUUUUAGAAAUUAGAAAAACCCCUCCUUUAAAAAUAAUUACCAAGACCCUAAACUCUUUGUAUGAAUGUAGGAGCAAUAAAUAAGUGUUGGUGAACCAUCAAAGCUUCCUCUCAUAAAGAUGAACGAAAAGAGGCUCAUGCUUCAUCAUAUUAUAUAAACCCUAUCAAACCUACUCAUUUUGUUGGCUAUGUUCUAAAUAUAAAGAACCAAACACAAGCUUUCACCAUAAUGAGUUUUCCAAUAUUAUGGCUGUUUCACAUAAUUUUCAUCAUAAUAUUCAUCAUCUCCCAUGUUUCGUGUUAUCCAGAUCAAGCUGGGAAUUAUAGUUUUAUGAAGGAUGCAACCUUCGCACCAACGUUCGCUCGCUACGAUUACAUCAUCAUCGGAGGAGGUACCUCCGGUUGCGCGUUAGCCGCAACGCUAUCUCAAAACGCUACCGUUUUGGUCCUAGAACGCGGCGGCUCGCCUUACGAAAACCCUACGGCGACAGAUAUCCAAAACUUCGCUACAACACUCUCAAACACAUCUCCCAAAUCGUGGUCGCAGCUCUUCGUCUCCGAAGACGGCGUUUACAACACACGUGCGCGCGUCCUAGGUGGAGGCUCCGUGCUAAACGCUGGAUUCUACACACGUGCGGGGGAUGACUACGUUAAGGAGGCUGAAUGGAAGAGCGAUGAAGUCGAAGCUGCUUAUGAGUGGGUUGAGAAUAAAAUAGCGUUCGAACCGCCGGUUAUGGGAUGGCAAACGGCGUUAAAAGACGGGCUUUUGGAGGCUGGUGAGUUUCCGUAUAAUGGUUUCACGUACAAUCAUACCUACGGGACCAAGAUUGGUGGUACGAUUUUUGAUAAUGUCGGUCAGAGACAUACCGCUGCGAAUCUGUUGGAGUACGCAAAUCCGGACACGGUUGCUGUCUAUUUGCACGCUACUGUUCAUAAGAUCGUCUUCACCACUAAAGGAAGACCAAGGCCAAAAGCAUACGGAGUGAUAUUUCAAGACGAAAAUGGAGUGUUACACAAGGCAGAGCUUGCUAAGAACGCAAUGAACGAGGUGAUUUUGUCUGCAGGUGCCAUUGGGAGCCCGCAGCUGCUGAUGCUGAGCGGUGUGGGUCCUAUGGCUCAUCUUGCAGCUCACGGGAUUAAACCGGUGGUCUUAGAUCAUCCAAUGGUCGGGCAAGGAAUGGCAGAUAAUCCAAUGAACGCCAUCUUUAUUCCUUCACCUACGCCUGUGGAGGUUUCUCUAAUACAAGCCGUUGGGAUCACAAAAUUUGAUAGUUACAUUGAAGGAGCAAGUGGCGUCAUCUUCUCUUAUAGUUGGACUCGUAAUUACUUCGAUGGCGUUUUGAACUAUCUUAACGAGACAAGCCAUACCACUACAUCCACACCACUCUCCACUCAAUCCAUUACAGAUUUUUUCAAAUCUAUAGAUCCGUUAUUCAAUGCGACCACACAAGCCGGUGUAAUCCUCCAGAAAGUGGCGGGACCGGUCUCGAGAGGUCACUUGGAGCUUAGGAACACAAACCCAUAUGAUAAUCCUUCAGUGAGAUUUAACUACUAUCAAGAGCCAGAGGAUUUGAAGAAAUGUGUUGAAGGGAUUACCACUAUCAUUAAAGUGAUUAACUCGAAGGCAUUUUCCAAAUUCAAGUACCCGGAGGCGACCAUACCUGGCUUGCUUGAUCUAAUACUGAACGUUCCCACUAAUCUACGGCCGAGGCACGUAACCUCGGUGUUUAAUUUAAAACAAUUUUGCAUCGACACUGUGAUGACUAUUUGGCAUUACCAUGGAGGUUGCCAAAUUGGAAGAGUGGUAGACAAGAAUUACAAAGUUUUAGGUAUUGAUGGUUUAAGGGUUAUCGAUGGAUCAACAUUUCUCAAGUCUCCAGGCACAAAUCCUCAAGCUACGGUUAUGAUGCUUGGAAGGUAUAUGGGACAAAAGAUUCUUAAAGAGAGGGAAGCUUUCCUCGAAAAGAAAGAAGAAGAAGCAUGAUUAGAUAUUACUUUUGAGAUAUAUGCUAAACGAAUCAUGAACUUGGAAUUGUUUUAAUCAAUGUAUGGUGGGUGAACUAAAAUAGUCUGAAUGUGUACAUCCGUCCAUGUUUUGAUUCUAUUAUGUAUAACAAUGGUGGAAUCUUUUGAACUGCAGUUGGUUCUUGUGCGUAGUAUAUGCUUUGAUUUU